UAUUUUCAAAGUUCUGAGCAAGAAGUAUAUUUUGCUAUUACUAGUGACGCAAUUUAAAAUGUUGUUUAGGAACUAAUCAUGAGAUGAUAAUUCCCACAUAAUUCCAAGGAUUCCUAAGUUCGCGGAUUCCUAGCAAGAUUCCUAGAUGACCAUUGAGAUGAUCGAUAGAUGGACUGUGUUCCGCGAUCUUUCAAUUAUUCGAUUUUUAUCAAAUAAGAGAUUUGCAUGCUGAAAGGGGUUUUGGUUUAGUGUCUGAUAACACAAAUUUGCUGGAUUCAUGGUAUUUUAUUUCAUGCCUGGAACAUUGCCUCAAGCAAAUCCGUGCCUUUCAAGACGGAUUUCGCAUUUCAGCUUUGAAGGAGCCCUCCGUCGGACCCGCCAGCUGUCGGGAGAAGGCACACCGGUGAUCAGAUCAGAAUCAGAGCAAUAGCGCUGCACUGGUGAGCAGAAUCCAGAAUCAACCACAUUGGCGGACAGGUGACGGCUGGAACGGCUGUAACUGAGGCGGCCGGUGGCAGUCUACCAUGGGCUCCGAGCAGAGCACGGCAGGAGGGUCGGCGGGCGGCGGCCGGGCAGACCGGGUGCGAGCCGCCGAGACGCCCCUCUCGCCACAGAACAGCGUCUGUUCGGAUGGCGAGGUGCCCUACGUCUCCUACACGCAUAAUCUGCCCAUCGGAGAAGCCGAGUCGCCUCGUCAUGCCGGACGCCGACUGCGCCCGGGCAGAUCACGAGCCCGUCAGCCGGCUCUUCCUAAGGAGAUUGUGGUGGUGAAACAGGCGGCGUCACCGGCGCACGGUGCCCAGGAGGAGGACCCCGACCUGCGCCGGCUACGGCUGAUCCCCACGUUCCUGCCGGUGAUGCGGGGUGCCCUCACCUACCCGGGCUCCCGGGACCCGGACGUGCUGGACCGACUGGACUCGGUCGCCGUGCGACACCUGGCGGCGCGACUGCAGCGACACCUAGCCGCCAACGCGGACCGCACCGCAGCUAAACAGGCCGAAAUCACCGCCGCCAUCGGCAAGCUGGAUCAGCAGUCGGCGGCGCUGCUGGCCACGGUCACUGACCGACAGAAGGCGUUCGCGCGGCACGCCGAGCGACUCCAGAAGGUGGGCGAGGUGGCCCACUCUGUGCAGCGCUGCCACCGGCUCCUGGAGGACACCACCCGGCAGCUGGCCGAGCUGAACCGACAGCUGCCAGAGUCGCACCGGCUGCCGCCCUUCACAUGGACCACCGGCUGAGCGGAACGGGGGUCCUGGGCGGACUGAGACCGCCCCGGCCCGCCCGCCGACACAGGGCGACCACGGCUGAUCUGCUGGUGGCUGCUGGUGACCACUGCUGGUGACAACUGCUGGUAUGUUCUGGGGAUGCUGGAGACAGCUUGCUAAUGAUCUUGGUGCUACUGGUGGCUACCGAUAGCCGACUGAACGUUUUAAACUGCCCGUCAGUGCCCACGAUGGACACCCCACCUUUACGCCAAACGAGAGACGGUGCGCGUAUCUCGGAGACGCAGUGAGUACAGACCCUGGAUACGCGGCUACCCCCGGGGAAGGUGUGUACUACUGUGCCAUAUCAGUGCAGGUAUGACCCCGAAGUGGGAUAAAACACUGGGAACAUGUAAGGGCACCAUAUCCGUGGUGAUACCGAGUGCUGGACGAAUGAACUGACGGCUAAAAUCGGUUGAUUGAGGCUCCAAUUCCAUUGUGAACUAUUAUUCAUCCAGUGCAAUUAUGUAUUUAGCGUGAUUAAGUCUAUUGUGUAUUAUUGUUCGCUUCAUGGUGCAUGUGUUUCCUUGAACGUCAAACAUCCUGGGCAUGUUAUUUACGCUGAAGAUGAACUCUGGCCUCAAACAACUCACAAAAUGACCUAUCCUGAGAUAUUAAUUUGAUUUCUGAAGCUACCGCCUGCAUUAGGAAUGGACAGCCAUUGCAUUGGGAACAGUCAGUCAAAUUAGAAUUGAAAUGACACAACGGUCGCAACUGAGGUCGCAUUAUUAGAAUUAUCCAGUCUUUCAUGAAUGUUGAGUUAAUGACGGCGUCACAAUUGUAGGGCACGUGGUGCACGAUGUCUCGUUAAGUCAUUUUAAGCGUCUGCCUCUGCUUAUGUAUUUAUUGCCUCUCUGUAGAGGGUCGCUAUUCUACUUAUAAACUGGGUGCUAUCUGAUUGCAUGCAGGUUUCACGAGCAAUACAAUAUCUUGCUGAACUAUUUA